GGGAGGAUGUUGUGCUGUUUUCCGACCUAAUGAACCCGAGUGGUCACUAACUAAUCUUCUACUCACGGGGAAGAACUUAACCAAUUUAAAUUUGAAUGGAUAUCAAUAAGUUAGACCAAUGCGUAAACCUUUGGCACCGUGCGCUAAAAGGUGGAUAAGCUGGUAUAUUACGCAGCAGCAAAACGCUUUGGACUGUGGUUCCAUGGACUAAUGGGCUACUUGCAGUUUGAAAAAUGACCUUGGUCUGUUCUACCGUGUAACGCUGAGGCUCCCAGGACAACCACCGACUGAUGGAUAGUUCUCCGGCUCAGUGCGCGAAACCAGAAGGUGCAGCAGCCGCUCUCGUCCCCAGUGCGCGGUGCUGGAAGUGAGCAAGGUGACCGGCUAGUGGUGCGGAGCUCCAGAGGAAAGAGGCGGUAAAGUUAUCCUGAAAGAACCAUCAGCACACUCUCACCCUCCUCAUCCUCCUCCUCCUCUUCCUCCUCUUCCUCCCGUGGCAGCAGUUGUCCGGACAUGCCUCCCUGCUGCGAAGAUGACGGACUCUGCUCACACAGCACGGUGUCGAGGUAACGCGUGGCAGGAUGGGAACACCACCGAGGAAGUUGGACUCGUCUCUGCUGGAGGAGAAGAUGCUUCCGUCCAACCACCUGUUCUCCUGGAGGACGGCUGCAGUGUGGUCGAUCCUGCUCUUUCCAUCAGUUCUCUGUUAUGACAAGUCGCACACGCAUGCUGAGGAUGAUCUCUUCAAGACGCUAUUCGCCGGAUACAACAAGUGGUCGAGGCCCGUGCCCAACAUCUCCGACGUGGUCAUUGUCAAGUUCGGACUGUCCAUCGCUCAGCUCAUUGACGUGGAUGAGAAGAACCAGAUGAUGACAACCAACGUCUGGCUUAAACAGGAAUGGAACGACUACAAGCUCAGCUGGAGACCGUCCGACUACGACAACGUGACGUCCAUCCGAGUGCCGUCAGAGCUCAUAUGGGUACCAGACAUCGUCCUCUAUAACAAUGCCGACGGGGAGUUUGCCGUGACCCACAUGACCAAAGCCCACCUGUUCCACACGGGUAAAGUCCGCUGGGUCCCUCCGGCCAUUUACAAGAGCUCCUGCAGCAUCGACGUCACCUUCUUCCCCUUCGACCAGCAGAACUGCAAAAUGAAGUUUGGCUCCUGGACCUACGACAAGGCCAAGAUUGACCUGGAGCGCAUCGAGAACACGGUGGACCUGAACAACUACUGGGAGAGCGGCGAGUGGGCCAUCAUCAAUGCCGUGGGCACGUACAAUACAAAGAAAUACGACUGCUGCCACGAGAUCUACCCGGACAUCACCUACUUCUUCAUCAUCCGGAGGCUCCCCUUGUUUUACACCAUCAACCUCAUCAUCCCCUGUUUGCUGAUCUCCUGCCUCACGGUCUUGGUUUUCUAUCUGCCGUCCGACUGCGGCGAGAAGAUCACCCUGUGCAUCUCUGUGCUGCUGUCCCUCACUGUCUUCCUCCUCCUCAUCACCGAGAUCAUACCCUCCACGUCCCUCGUCAUCCCCCUGAUCGGCGAGUACCUCCUCUUCACCAUGAUCUUCGUCACCUUGUCCAUCGUCAUCACCGUCUUCGUGCUCAACGUGCACCAUCGCUCGCCCAGCACUCACAAGAUGCCCCGCUGGGUCCACACCGUGUUCCUGGACCUGAUCCCCCGCUGGCUGUUCAUGCGGCGGCCCGCGCCAGACGUCCGGCGACGCAGGCUGUUGCUGCUCCAGCAGGAGACAGCCGCGAUGAGGCGGCAGGUCCGGGUAGCCGGGUUCAAAUCCGGCCUCAGCACUUCGGCCAACUGGUUGAGGGACGGAGCCGCGUCCAACGACCCUGACCGAAGCUGUUAUGAGGACUUAGAGCUGGGGACGCUGACUUCGUAUUUCUCCUUCCGUCCUCCAUCGCCCAGACCUCCAGGGUCGACUCCUCCGCAGCAAAAGAAAACCCCACAGAACAGCCAGAACCGACAGGAGGCGUCCGGAGGGACAAAAAGACAGUCGGCAGGGGCCAGGGUCACUCCCACUCAGAGGCCGACCAAAGUAGAAAAUACUGUAUCGGACUCCACAUUCCUGCUUUCACCCAGUGUAGUGCGGGCCUUAGAGGGGGUGCACUACAUUGCAGACCACCUGAGAGCUGAGGACGCUGACUUCAGUGUGAAGGAGGACUGGAAGUACGUCGCCAUGGUCAUCGACCGCAUCUUCCUGUGGAUGUUCAUAAUUGUUUGCCUGCUCGGGACCAUCGGCCUCUUCCUGCCGCCCUGGCUCGCCGGCAUGAUCUAGCGCUUGAGAGAAAGUGCUUGAGAGAAGAACUAAAUAAUACCCACAACCAGCGUGUGGCCUCAUCAGCUCAUGACUUCACAAAACCAAACCGAAAUCGGGAAAGAUGUCAAACUUUUUCUGUUUAGUGGCUCCCGUGACAUCCAAAUAUGUUUUACUCACAUGUUGGUUUCUUCUGAGUUCAGAGCCCCUGGUACUGGCAGGGGUCCUCUGGGUUUAGUUUGGAGCUGUGUGUGAAGAAGUCUUUGAGUUCAACUACUUCUUUCUCAGACCACAGAUCGCUCAAGGUCACUGGGGUUAACCUCUACAUACACAUGUGUAUUAAAAAUAGAAAGCGGUUUUCCAAAUACUUUUCACAGUUCUGGUCUCUAGCAGUAGUAAAAAUAAAUACAGCUGAUGCAGACAGGAUUUCAUGCAGUACUUUUAGAAGUUUUCAGCCCUGUUGAUGCCUGAUGAGCUGCUGACAAACUACAGCUGGGUAGAAGUACUUUAGCAGAUGUUUGAGAGAUGAAAUACUUUGAUGAUCCAUGAACGUUAUUCAUCAUAAAAUGGGACGACAUAAAACUCCCUUCGGUUAUUACAUUUGGACCAAGUGUAAUAGAUAUUGAUUGGGCUUUGUUUUUUAUUAAAAAAAAUUGUUAUCUUCUCAUAAUUAAACUUAUGUUUUGAAUGAUCAUACAGUAUGAUAAUAAAUACCACGAUGAAAACUGUUGAAAGGCCUGUCAUGGCAUUUAUUGAGAGUAAACGAGCACUGUUGGAACACCUUCGUGUUUCAGCCAGAAGCAUAAAUGACACUUUCUUCUUGACAUCUCAUUUUGACCAGUUAUUCAAAUUAUGAAAAAAAAAUUAUAUAAAAUAAGUAUUUUUAUCCAAGUCUUCACGUUAAUAUAUUUAUGGACCGCACGCUGAAACACACAAACGUAGAUACACACAAAGUGCAGCAGGGAGAACAAUCCAAACCCGAACCUGUGUGAUAUCAUGUAAGACAAUUCAAUUUUACAGCCAUUCAACUU